AAGGGGCGGAGCGCAAGCGACGGUCGUGGCCACAGAGCGCCGCUGGGGAGGACACGGAGCCAGCGGGAGGCGCAGGAAUGAGCCUGGCGGCUGCGUAAUCACCCCCACCCUGACCCUUGCCGCCCCGGCCGUCAGCUGGGAGUACACGAAGCCUGUGGUGACUCUCGGCGCUCAACACUGGGGGAGCAGCGACACCGGGUCCAUGGCCACCGCGGCGGCUCCGUCUUCCUUGGCCCUCAAAGCCUCCAGCACGGCCGCGGUCCCCAGUUCCUACGGAGUCUUCUGCAAAGGGCUCUCCCGCACCCUGCUCGCCUUCUUCGAGCUGGCCUGGCAGCUGCGCAUGAACUUUCCGUACUUUUACGUCGCAGGCUCGGUGAUCCUCAACAUCCGCUUGCAGGUACACAUUUAGUGCCCUUCUUACGCAGCCGACUUCCCGGCCGGGCCAUGGCCGACUCCCAGGAGGCUCGGCGGCGCAACGGAGCUGCGAGCGCGGAGCUCGGGAUUCUCGCGAGAGGACUAGAGCGCUCUUUGCGGCUGCGCUCUCCGUCUCUGGUGGAGCGGCAGGGCGGUGGCGGAAAGCGGGUAGCGGCUGGAGAGGAGGUCAGCGAUGUUCCGGGGACGGCGAAGAGCUUCAGUUAAGGUCUACGGCAAUAUUGAAGCUUUGCAACCUUAAAACAAAAACAGAACGAACAUGAUGCAUUAUAAAAAAGGAAGGCUACUAAGGUUUUCGGGAAAAUUUUAAUGUACAACAAACUCGUGGUCCAAAUUAAAAUAAGAAAACAUAAAUUUCGGGAAUAUUGGAUUGUAAGCAAGACAUUAAAUGAAUAAGAAGCUGAAGAUCUUAAAGAUAUGUGGAAGUCAAAUCUAUUUCUUCAACAAGAGAAAACCAAAACCAUCAGAAAUGUUCAGUGGAAAAGCCCAGUGGUACAGGAAAAGCAUCCGUCUAAUACCAGACAACAUGAAAUGCUGCUGGAUUUUGAACAGAGGGUUGGAGUGUAAGAAAGUGGGCUCUUUCGGUGUCCCUGUGAGUAGCGUGUAGCAAGACGUCGGAGCCAACGAGAAGGAAAUCCAGUGACAGCCCUAAGCUUGGCUACUUCGUGAAUAAUACUUAAAUAAUUCUAAUUAGUAUAAAUGAUGUUUAUUGUUUUCAUCUGUUGAGAAAAUACUUGAUUGUGGUUACAUGUUACCAGCUUUGAUAAUGGAAAAGUACAGUUUACCAGCAGGGAUGUUGAAAGUGGGGAGGGAAAAAUAAAUGAAGUGAUGGUGUCCUUCUAAAGUGGGAAGUUGAGAGGUAUACAGUUUGUUGUCAGUGGGGAAAGACAUUUUAUUAUUUAAAGAGUAAGUGACAUAGGGAGUAUGCCAUCAAGUUGCAAAAAUCGUUAUCCUAUUAUAAAAGUAAAGAGAACAGGGGAGAACAGCAUGAAUUCAAUAAGAAAUGCCUAAAGACCGCAAAUUAGUUGGAAUGCCUCGCAAAGGUUAAAACAGUACUGGGUGUGUUUGAAUAUAAAGACGAAAUUUAUAAUCUUUCAGAGUCUGGAGAUGAAUUGGUGGGCUGCAGCGUUUUUAAAAAUUAAGGCAAUAAAUCCGUUAUGAAACAGGA